AUAGACCUACUACAAAGUCUCUGGUAUAUCGUAGAAGUUUGGAUAACUCUCAUGCCGGUUCGUGCGGAACUAUGGAACUUCAAAAAAACGAGGAGCCCCCACAACACGCUGUCAACUUACUCGGGGCUGGGGGCGACAACCAGUCCAAACCUGCUGACAGUGCUCAAAAGAACAAACGCAAUAUCCUUAUCGUGGUGUUCCUGCUCCUGACACUGAGCACCAUCCUUGCGAUUGCUUUUGCCUUGAAGUCGUCUGCCUGCUGUAAAAACCAAUACAGCUGUAAGAACCGCUGCGAUGAUGCCCCGUCCGGCGCGGGCCAGUGCCGCUGUGACCAGCAGUGCCAACAGGAGGGCAACUGCUGCCUGGACUACAAAGAGGUCUGCGUGGAGCCCCUCAUCUCCUGGACGUGCAAUAAAUUCCGCUGUGGUGAGAAGCCGCUGGCCCAGAGUCUGUGCUCCUGCUCUCCCGACUGUGUGAAUCGCGGCAACUGCUGUGCCAACUACAUCAGCAUAUGCUCAGGGAAAACCUCAUGGCAAGAGGAGGAAUGUCAGGAGAUCCAGGAACCACAGUGCCCUGCAGGGUUCUCAAGGUCCCCACUGAUCCUGGUGUCUCUGGAUGGGUUCAGGGCGAGUUACAUGAAGUCCUAUGAGCGUCUGAUGCCCGUGCUCUCCAAACUGAAAAGGUGUGGGACCUCCACCUCAUACAUGACACCGGUCUAUCCCACCAAGACGUUCCCCAACCAUUACACCAUCGUCACUGGCCUGUACCCGGAGUCCCAUGGCAUAGUCGACAACAAGAUGUAUGAUGUGACCAGAAAUGCAGAGUUCACUCUCAGAUCAAAGGAGAAGUUCAACCCCCUGUGGUACCAAGGAGAACCUGUCUGGCUUAGUGCAAUGAAGAAUGACAUCAAGGCCGGAACAUUCUUCUGGCCUGGAGGGGAUGUGGCCAUUCAGGGGAAAUAUCCCACCUUUUACCAGAUUUAUGACGGAAAAAUCCCAUACGAGAAGAGGGUGGCCACCAUUUUGGACUGGUUACGACUGCCUGAUGGAGAGAGGCCAGACUUCUACACGUUGUAUUUGGAGGAGCCUGAUCAUUCUGGCCAUAAGCAUGGACCCCAGAGCAGUCAGGUCAUUGAAGCUUUAAUAAAGGUGGAUCGUAUUCUUGGGCUGUUGAUGGAAGGCCUGAAGAUGAGGAACCUUCACAAAUGUGUGAAUGUGAUUGUCCUGUCCGACCAUGGCAUGGAGCAAGGCCGAUGUGACAGGGCGGUCCAUCUGAACUCAUACCCGGUCAACACCAGUGACUUCACCCUCAUCAUGGGCCCAGCGGCCAGGAUUCGGCCCAAGAGACUCCCAGACGAGUUCUUCAGUUUUGACUAUGAAGGCAUUGUUUCAAAUCUUUCGUGCAGAACUCCUGACCAGCCCAUGCGACCGUACCUGAAAGAGAACUUGCCAAAGAGGUUCCACUUCGCCAACAACGUUCGUAUCGAGAAGGCCCACCUCUACAUGAAAGAGACCUACUGGGCAGCCUUAGGCCCCUGGGAUAAGAAGUAUUGCUCUGGUGGAUUCCACGGCUCAGACAACCUCUUCGAAAGCAUGCAGGCUAUAUUUUUAGGCCAUGGACCUGGACUGAAGUAUAAUACCACUGUUUCUCCAUUUGAAAACAUUGAGGUGUAUAACCUAAUGUGUGACUUGUUGGGCAUUAGACCUGCACCCAACAAUGGCACCCAUGGCAGCCUGAAUCACCUGCUGAAGAGACCUCGGGUUGUCCCCGCCUACCCAGCUGAGAUGUCUCUCGCCUCGGCCUGCACCGCUCCCGCCUCCAUCCCCACCAACGACCUGGGCUGCACCUGUGGCACUCUCACUGAAGCAAAGGUGGAGGACCUCAACACCAAGCUCAUGCAGUCAGAUCCAAGAAUAAAGCCGGUUCAUCUGCCUUAUGGGAUUCCCAGGGUUCUGCAGGAGAAUGCUGACCACUGUGUGCUCCUCCAUUCGGACUUCAUCACUGGGUUCAGCAAGGACAUUCGCAUGCCACUGUGGGUCGCCUACACACUGAAUGCAUGGGACACGUUUGGAGAUGCGAGCCAAGACUGCGUGCGUGCUGACGUGCGAGUGUCCCCCAGCAUGAGCCAGAGCUGCGGCUACUACAGAAACAACGACAACGUCACCUUUGGCCUCCUGCACCCACCGAAUCUCAGUUCAAAAGACAAAGAGUGGGACUCGCUUCUCACCAGCAACAUGGCCCCUAUGUUCCCCACGUUCUUGGAUGUUUGGGAGCAGUUCCACAAGACAGUGGUGAUGAAAUACUCAAAACAGAUGAAUGGAGUCAACAUCAUCAGUGGCCCGAUCUUUGAUGUAAACUACGACGGCCUCUAUGAUGAUCAGACAAAGCAAGCACUGAACGCUGCUCCGUUACCCACUCAUUUCUUCGUGAUCCUGACGGGCUGUAAGAACGACUCCUUCUCCCCCUACGAGUGCGAAGGGCCCCUGGACGCAAUGGCUUUCAUCCUACCUCACAGGCCCGACCGGCAGGAGAUGUGCUCGAGCGAAAACGACUCCCAAUGGGUGGAAGAGUGGGCCAAACUCCAUGUGGCACGAGUCCGAGACGUGGAACUCCUGACUGGGCUGAGCUUUUACCAUGACCAGCUGGAAAUAGACAAGACCUUGCAGAUCAAGACUUCCAUAAAGACAUUCUAGAAACCAACCCCUGUGGACAGAGACAGUCAUCUUUUUAUAGUUGGGAUAUUUUUUUAUUUUUAAAAAAAGGCUUUGCUGUACAUUUGACAUAUCACCAGAAAACCGUGGUAAACCAAAAUGGAGGUUGACCUGAAAGUGCAGCCAAAGACUAGUCCACACUGCCUCGUGUCCUAUAGUGAGUGAAUGGUGACAAGAUAUUGAUGGGGUGAAAGAAGGGCUCAAGCGAACUCACACUGAGUGCAGCUCUGUUUCUAUUUGUAUAACAGUGAGCGAUUUUAAUAGCAGCAUCACUCGAAGGAACCACAGCCACUUUUGGGCAGAAUUUUUGACAGACAUUUUUUUUAGUAAGGAAUCUUGGCAGCAUUUUCAACCUUAUGUCAGUAAUUUGUGUUUGAGGCCAGUCGGGUGCUGUGGAUAGCCACAAUUGGAAUGCAGCGAUCUUUAAAAAAAAUUAUAAAACGAAUAAAGAACAAGACAACAGCAGGAGGGCAGCAGAGGCACACGCCUUUCUUGGGCUGCCGUUUUGCCCAGUGUUGUGAGAAGGCCUUGACAUUUCAAAGUAUUUGUUUGUUUUGUCUGUUUGUUUUUGUUGUGUAUAUUUAUGGUUUGUUUGUUGAAUGGUCGCCGGAGAGGUCUAUUUUGUUUAUUUUUGUGUUUUUAUAUUUUUUAUUUUCAUGUAAUUGUGAACUUUUGUCAAGAAUUUUAAGUAAACUAUUUGCUAAUGGCUACCACCUCCA